AUGGCAUCGGAAAACUCCAACGAUUCCAGCGAAAAAUUACAGAAGCAACAAGAGAAUGUAGAUUCAGGAACAACUGAAAAAGAUAUUGCUGAAGAUUGUUAUGGUAUUAUGCCAUUGAUUCAAUCCAAGGAAAAAAUUGAUCGUCAAUUGAUUUCUGUACGUGAUAUCAAUGAAAAAUUAGCUAAACAAGUUAUUUGGGUUCGUGGUCGUCUUUAUACAAGUCGUGAUAAAGGCAAACAAUGUUUUCUUGUUAUUCGUCAUCAAUCAGCAACAAUCCAAGCUGUUGUUUGUGUGAAUGAAAAUGUUAGUAAAUCCAUGGUUAAAUUUGUUACUACCAUUUCAAAAGAAAGUAUUGUUGAUAUUGAAGGUGAAGUUACUCUAACAGCAACACCUAUUGAAUCAUGUACACAAAAGGAUGUUGAAUUACAAGUUAAAAAGGUUUUUGUUGUGAGUCACGCUGAACCACGUUUACCAUUAUUAAUUGAAGAUGCUAUGCAACCGGAUGAUCCAAACGCUGUUAGUGCUCAAACACCUCACGUCAAUCAAGAUACACGACUUGAUAAUCGUGUUAUUGAUUUACGUACACCAGCUAAUCAAGCUAUUUAUCGUGUUGAAGCAGGUGUUUGCAAAUUAUUUCGUGAUACACUUGAUGCUAAAGGUUUUGUUGAAAUUCAUACACCAAAAAUCAUUUCUGCUGCAUCGGAAGGCGGUGCCAAUGUAUUUCAAGUCAAUUAUUUUAAAUCGAAUGCAUAUUUAGCACAAUCACCACAAUUUUAUAAACAAAUGGCCAUUGCUGCUGAUUUUGGAAAGGUCUAUACAAUUGGAACAGUAUUUCGCGCUGAAAACGCGAAUACACAUCUACAUUUAACUGAAUUCGUUGGUCUUGAUCUUGAAAUGGCAUUUAGUUAUCAUUAUCACGAAGUUGUUAAUACAAUUGGUGAUUUAUUUACACAAAUUUUCAAAGGUCUUGCGGAACGAUUCGCUACAGAAAUCGCUAUUAUUAAUAAGCAAUUUCCAUGUAAACCAUUUGAAUUUAUUGAACCCGCGUUACGUCUAGAGUAUCGAGAAGUUUUAGCAUUACUUGCUGAAGCUGGUAUUCAAAUGGGUCCUGAAGAAGAUUUAUCAAAAGUAAAUGAACGUAUCUUAGGUCACAUUGUUAAGACUAAAUAUCAUACAGAUUUUUAUAUCCUUGAUAAAUAUCCAUUGGCUGUACGACCAUUUUAUACAAUGCCUGAUCCAGAUAAUCCUAAAUAUUCAAACAGUUAUGAUAUGUUCAUGCGUGGUGAAGAAAUUCUCUCGGGUGCUCAACGUGUCCAUGACGCACAAUUAUUACUUGAGCGUGUAAAUCAUCAUAAAAUUAAUAUCGAUCAAAUAAAAUCAUAUAUUGAUGCAUUUCGCUAUGGCUGUCCACCUCAUGGUGGCGGUGGCAUUGGCUUAGAACGUGUACUGAUGCUCUAUUUAGGUUUGGGUAAUGUACGAAAAACAUCAAUGUUUCCACGCGAUCCGAAACGCAUCACGCCAUAA